AUGGAUUCGACAAAAAAGUCAACAGGCUCGCAAAGACUGCCGCCACCAUCUCUGUUCCAGGGUCCACCGUCACACAAUGCAUCCAAUAUUUCCAUCUCUAUGCCGCCUGCCGUGGCCUCCAUUCCACCAGCUGGCCAGCCUCCACUCCUUCCCCGCAGCCUUUCUUAUCGCGGCAAGAACAACAGCUCUCCAGACCACCGCAAGUCGUCUUCUCCAUUCGCUUCAAGGCGCUUAUCCAAACAUGAUGCAGACGGUUCCGACGCCAUUUGGCAAGAAAUGCAGAGCGCUCUUUCCGAGGUCGAGCUGAGCGCUGUCUCAAGUCAGAAUGUCUUUGGUGAGAAGCAUGCCGAUGCGCUUGAAGACCUUCGCAUGAAGCAAUUGAACCUUGCACAAGCAUGGGCUCGCAGUGAAGCGGAAGAUGAAUCUGUGGACUCGGAUCGAGGCACCGCCGACCCCGCCAACUCUGCGACGAGCACGAAGCGUCCCGGGUCGCGCGAGGGCAACAUCACAGACGCAGGAAGUAAAGAUCACUCAUCAAGUCGAGAGCGCGGCUCUCACAGAAAUCUGGACGAAGAGACGGAGAAGGAUAUCAUCCUUGCGCGGAAGCGCCGAGAGGCUAACGACCGCUAUUUUAAUCAAGUCAACCAGGGCGUACUUGAUGUAGUUGCUAAAUUGGAAGAAGUGUCCCAGGCAAUCCGCGCAGUCGAAAGACAAAGCAAGGAUAUAUGGAGCGACUCGGAGAGCAUGACAACUGCUGGCCCUUCGUCUACCAUGUCGGGCUGA